ACUUCGUCGGAUGUCGUUUUUGAAAACUAAGCAAAAAACAUAAUACUCUUGACUAUUAUAUGGUGGAAGUAUUUAAAGUGUCAGAUCUCUCUUGAUCGAAUCUACCAAAAUAAUUGCACUUUCAGCUAUGUCACUGGAUUCAAUAAUGCAAUAAGUGGUGAUAAUCUCUAGUCAGAAACAAUGAAAAUAAGUGACUCAGUGUUAGGGACAUGUUUCCUUGUUCUCGUGAUGUUUUCCACUCUACCAACAGAGAUUUCAGGUGAUGCAUUGGGACAAUGCCGAAUAUUGGAAAGCCAACAGCGUACCCGAAUGGUCAGCUAUCGUGAAACUUAUAGAAAACGGGUGUUGGGAAUUUUCUGGAAAAGGGCGACAAGGAUAAAUUUUCGUAGGGAGGUUUUCACCGAUCUCGUGUGGGUGACUUCAUGUUGCGAUGGAUACCAUCGAGUAAGAGAGGUCCCCAUUACAUGCGAACCUGAAUGUUAUGGUGGAUGUCAGAACGGUCACUGUAUUGAACCAAAUACCUGUCUAUGUUUUCCUGGUCAUCGACACCCAUCAUUGGAAGAUUUGAACACUUGUGUGCCCGACUGUGAUGGAAAUGCCAAUCAUUUUGAGAACUGUGGUGAGCAUGGUCGAUGCAUAGCACCCAUGAGAUGCGAGUGCGACGACGGUUACAUGGCAACAUUUGCUCAGACGAAUGCGAUCAUCUGUGAGCCUAAAUGCGAACCGGCUUGUGGGCUGCACGGUUUUUGUUAUGAACCGAAUAAAUGCCGAUGCGAAACUGGCUAUCGUUUAGCUUUAAUAAAUGUACGCAUCAGUACAUUUGAAGAAUGCGAGCCGAUUUGUGAAAACUUGUGUAUCAACGGAGUUUGUCAGGCACCGAACAAGUGCUCCUGCCUUCCGGGAUACAAGCAGCACCCAACGAAAUACUUCCUGUGUGAGCCAGUCUGCAACUAUGACUGUAUCAAUGCAAACUGUACGAAACCGGAUCACUGCGAGUGUCAUGUUGGUUACGAAAAAAGUCAAUCAAAUCCGCUAGGAACAUGUUCGCCCAUCUGUGAUCCAAAGUGCAUUAACGGAGUCUGCACUCAUCCAAAUCACUGCGAAUGUCAUCAGGGUUACGGAAUCAGGCCAAACGAUUCGAAUAAUUCUUGCACACCAAUUUGUAAUGUUCCUUGCAUCAAUGCAGCUUGUACUCAACCAGAUACCUGUGAAUGUUAUCCCGGUUAUGGAAAGAAUCGGAAUGGGCCACACAACGAGUGUUCACCUCUUUGUGAUCCACCGUGUAUAAACGGAGAAUGUACGAAACCGAACCACUGCGAAUGUAAUCAUCGUUAUAAAACAGAUUCGAAUCACCCAGAAGUUUGUUUACCUAUUUGUGAUCCACCUUGCACGAACGCAGUGUGUAUUCAACCAGAUACUUGUAAAUGUUUGGUUGGUUACAAACAAUCAAUGGAAGAACAGCCUCAGAUGUGCUCACCAAUUUGCGACUCACCAUGCAUUAACGGAUAUUGUCACAAACCGAAUCUCUGUCACUGCAACAAUGGUUAUAAAAACCUACCAACAGAUCCGCCACAAUUUUGUACACCGGUGUGCGAUCCAGCAUGCGAUUCCAACGGUUUUUGCGAAUCCCCAAAUAAGUGUAGAUGCAACAAGGGUUACAUCGAAGCUGAUAGCGUCGCCAAUUCUACAUUCAAGAACAGUGUCAUUUGCCAACCUUUUUGCUCAUCAAAGUGCAACGAAAAUGCUAGCUGCAUUGCACCUGAUUUGUGUCAAUGUAACCUUGGAUACCAACCUGUAUUUCCAUCCGACCAGCAAGUAUCGAAUCCAACACAAUGUCUUCCGAUUUGUGAAAAGGAUUGUAUUGAUGGUUUCUGCGGUUAUCCAAAUGAAUGUGUCUGCUUUUCGGGAUAUAAAAUCAGCGAGAAUGACAAAUUCAAAUGCGAACCUCAUUGUCAACGAGAUUGCAUCAAUGCCAAGUGCACUGGGCCCAAUCAUUGCGAGUGCUUGGACGGUUAUGAGAAGGCACCAUUGAGACCAAGCGAACCAGGUGACAACUUAUCAAUACUUGACAACAUUUGUAUUCCACGGUGCUCUGAAAACUGUUCAAGCUGUGUUGCACCAAAUCAAUGCAUCUGUCAUCCUGGCUACGUGCUCAAAAACUCAGUAACCAAUCCAUCUUCGCAGUCCUGCCAACCUUUGUGUGAGCCCGCUUGUCCAAAAGGAUUGGAGUGUGUUUUGCCAAAUCAGUGUGAAGUGGCAACAAUGUACAAUCAAACGGACAACGGAUUUCUGAAAACUGAAAUAGAUGUUUAUAAUUCAACGCAGGAUUGUCCUGAUAGUGGUAACUUUUCCAUAAAGCAAGGGUCUUGCAUCUGCAAAACUGGUUGGAGUGGCUCUAGAUGCGAUGAGCCAAAUUUUUGUGUUGCGACGUUCACGGCCAACAACGAAACUGACAAUCAAUUCUACACUAUGCUGAGCGAGCCAACGGAAAAUCAUCAAAUAAACAAUGAAACUGCUAAUGAGGAAGCAGCUCGAAUGCGGGGCUGGAAAGCUCCAAAAUGUAAUGAGGAUUGUCAGAAAUCAGUUAUGGAAUUUGAUUUCAAUAACAUUAGUGACUUAAUCAUCCAUUGCCAUCGAGAAAUAGUCCCAGAUGUUGUUAGUGAUUCCUUUGUCGCUGAAGAACCAUCGCAAGAAGCUGAAACAAACAAUUCAAUUAUUGUGUGCUUCAUAAAAGCUGAAUCCAAGUGCAGCAUUCCAAAAACACGAGUAUCGUCAGCCCAUGGCUCGCUCUCUACGGUUUCUGGAGUCGUAGGAAGUGGUGUCUUUGUCAUAACUCUCACUCUGGUUGGUUCGAUCAUCUUUAUCGUCUUUCGAAAAAGAAAGAAUACUUUGGCGACCUAUGCGGUGUCCCGAAGUACCAGCAUUCUAGCUGAAUGGGCAGAUGAUCCGAAUCACAAUUCGAACCCCGAAACCUCAACUCUUUAGAUCUAUUAACGAAGAAAAACUGGAAAGGAAAUUCUUACAAUUUCGUAAUUGAUGAACUAGAAAUAGAUUAUUCAUAUUCAUCACCCAUCUUGGACAGCAUGCGUCAGGAUUGCCAUCUGAAAUUCAAAUGAAAUUGCAUUGAUUUAGUUAUACUGCGACUCUGAUUUUGAAAACUCUGAUCGAUGCAAUUUCUCCCUCAAAGCAUUGAAUAUCGAUCAGUUUGUGUGAUGUAGGGAAGGCAUCAGAUCCAACCCAACUUCGCGUCAGAUGCUCAGAGAUCAGAAAACGAACCUUGAGUAAUCCCAAUGUAUAACAAGCGCGAUGCGGAGCCAGUUUGGCCGCUGUUUACAAAAUCCGAGUCCCAAUCCAAUUGCACCGGUAGCUGAUGAUUUUUCAGACAUUAUACGUAUAAAACUAAUUAAAAUUUGUACACUUUACUUUAAGUUAAUAACCGUUGUGAAGAUUCGUUUGUUACUAUUAUUAUUAUUAUUAUUAUUAUUAUUUCAUUCGAAUAAAAUUGAUACCGUUUGUUCAUAA